AUGUCUGGUAACGGUAAAAAUUAUGAUUCUAUAAUGAAGAUCUUAUUGAUCGGUGAUUCUGGUGUCGGUAAAUCAUGUCUGUUAGUUAGAUUUGUGGAAGACAAAUUUAGUCCCUCUUUCAUUACCACGAUAGGUAUCGAUUUCAAAAUCAAAACAGUUGAUAUCAACGGUAAGAAAGUUAAGUUACAAUUGUGGGAUACUGCUGGCCAAGAACGUUUCCGUACUAUUACAACAGCCUACUACCGUGGUGCUAUGGGUAUUAUACUUGUAUACGAUGUUACUGAUGAAAGAACCUUCACCAAUAUCAAGCAAUGGUUCAAGACCGUCAAUGACCAUGCUAACGACGAUGCACAAUUACUUUUGGUCGGUAAUAAAUCUGAUAUGGACACUAGGUUAGUCACCUACGAGCAAGGUGAAGCAUUAGCCAAAGAAUUAGGUUUGCCAUUUGUCGAAUCCAGUGCUAAAGAUGAUCAAAACGUGAAUGAGAUUUUCUUCACCUUAGCCAGACUAAUUCAAGAUAAAAUUGACAGCAAUAAAUUAUCUGAUGCUAAAAACACUAAUGAUGGUAAUGUUAACAUCAAAUCUAGCAGCAGCAGCAUGUCUAAGGCCAACUGCUGUUGA